GAGCCCCGCGACCUGCUUGGGCUUCCCAAGAAAGGUGCAAUAUCGCCGAAUACAAAGAGGAAUAAAGAGGCGUUUGGGAAGCUGUCUGGGAAGCUGUCGUGAUCAGUGCAGCGUUUUCCCAAAUCUGCAGAGAGAAAGAGAAGUUAGGUUGAAAUUUGCGGUGACCGGUUAUGAUGCUUUUAGCGAGCUGCUGAAGCCUGAUAUGAAAAGUCAGCCGGCCGCGGUCAGGGCUUGCCUCACGCUCAGGGUCAGGGGCUGAGGCGCCGGGAAAGCGCUUCUGCCCGGCCGGUUCUGAGCAUCACAUGAAGGGCCACGCUCACUUCGCCCAAAGAGGAGCUUCCUGGGACACGCGGACCAUGGACCAAGCGGCUACCUGCCAUUGUCUUGGGAGCAGCAAACCCAAGGAUGAAGAUGAGGAAGACAGAUCAGUGAUUGCACAGCCAAUAUUUGUUUUCAAGAAGGAACGGCAUUGUAAGAGGCCUGCAGAAGACCCUGUGUGCAAGACUGAAAAUGUUUCCAUCAAUUGUUCCAGGAAGCGUGCAAGAUCUUCAUCUUUUUCUUUUCAAUCCUCAGACUCCCAGUUGUACACAGAAAGUGUGCUCUCCAAAAAGCACAUGAGAUCGUCUUCCGUUACUAUUCUUCCAACAUUUCCACCAUCCCAGCCAGUGAAGAAUAACAUAUUCAUGACCUCUGAGCUGCUACAACAGAAUGUGGCUGUGAAAGACACAGAGAAAGGUUUUCCAUCAAAGAAUGUAAAGGAUGUUUUAAGGCCUGCCAUCUUACAACCUCCACAAGCUGCUCGAGGUAGAUUAGCGAUGAAGAUAUGUGCCAAAAACGUUCUGGAGGCUAAACCUGAAGUAGUCACUGAGGUAUCUGAAGACAAUUGUUCCUGGAGAGGUAACUCAGAAAGACCACUUCUCUCUCUUCAUGUUUCAGACCAUAAAAUAAUGCACAGUCACUUACCCGAAGGCAGAACUUUCUCAUCCAGUAAUAAUUGUGAUUUUGUAUUUGGAGAAAACAUACUGGAAAGAGUUUUGAGGCCUGAGAAACCUCCAGAGCUGAAUUCUAAGGGAGAACUGCAGGACAAUGAAAGAAGUCCCAUGGUUACCACUGGCUUCUGUUCCACUCCUCCUUGGACAACACCACUUUUUGCCAAGGAUACAUCACUAAUAGAAUCAGCUGCUGCUUACAUAUCUAGCAAACCAAGAGAAAGAUAUAUAUUUGAUAAAGUUGAAGUAACAACAGGUGAAGAAGCAGAAUACAAUGUGUUGCAGAUCAACUGCCGGCUUUUUUUAUUUAAUAAAGCCUCAUUGUCCUGGACUGAAAGAGGCAGUGGCUCUCUGAGACUUAAUGAUAUAUCCAGCAAUCAGUGUGGAAUGUUGCAGUCAAGGCUGGUUAUGCGAAAUCAAGGAAGCAUGAGACUCAUUCUUAACACCAAACUCUGGACUCAGAUGAUCAUAGAAAGAGCAAAUAGAAAGAGUCUCUGCAUCACAGCUACAGACCUGGAGGACAGUUCUGUAAAAGUGUUUUUAAUACAAGCAACUUCAAAGGACAUUGGGUCCCUGUAUGCAGCAAUUCACCACCGCCUUGUUGCACUGAAGAACUUUGCAAAGCAGGAAUGCAACACAAACCAAGGAGAACCAGAGCCAGAUAUUCAGCCACUAAAUUGUGACAGUGAUGAUGAAGAGAAUGGAAAAAUGACUCCAAUGAGAAACAGCAAAUCAGAUCAUUCUCGAUGGGUCCGCGGACAGCCUGUGAUCUGUUCAUGAUGCCUUCUUUAUCAUCAGUCUAAGAAACAAGAAUGGAAUCUUGUCUUGUACCACAAAUGAUCUUACAGCAUCAGUACAUGAAGAAAUUCUGUGCAAGUGUUUGUUCUAUGACUCUGGGACUACCUGUGCUUCCAAACCAAGGACUCCUAACAUUGCUAAUCCAGAAGCAUCAUGCAGCUAUCCAUCUUUUCUUCUUUAAUUGAUUUUCUUUGCAGAAAGAAAUAAAAAUAGAUGAAGUGGUAGGAAGACACAAGAGGGUUGCAAGUUAAAGACAACAGCAUUUGGACCUUCCAUAACAUUAUGUGAAUGAAGCAGGGUGACUGCACAUGAAAACCUUUCAAGGACGAUUUAGUACACAGACAAUAUGUGGAAGAAGCACUUUAAAGGAUCCAGUCAUCAUUCCUUUCCUUCAGAUAGGAAUUUAAACAUUUAUAUUUUUUAUAUUUAAAAAAUAAGCUUUCAAUUUGGGGACGAAUCAUCUUUAAGGACCUUUUUAAAGAAAGAAUAAUCCUAAUCCAAGUUUUCAUCAUAUUGAUGGCAUUCAUCACUUAUCAAUUACUGUGUUAUUUAGACAUGGCUUUAUUCCACAAUUGCUGUCCAUAAAACCUCUACAAUGUCAGCUUUGAGUGCAGUUAUGAUACAUAUUUGUGUUAAUGAAUUCACAAUUGGGAGCUUUUGGAGCAUGGGAAAGUGUUUUAGAGAACUUCUGCAAACCAGCACAUACAGUACGAAUGCAGAAAAAGAUGUAUGUAGAUAUGCCAUACAGGUGUACAAAAAUAUGCUGGAGGGUUUCUUGUAAGAAUUCCCCAUGCUCUCAAAGGUUGUGCUUUGCACACUGUUCAUCAAUCAGAAUAGUAGUCUACUUGCAAAGGGGGAAAAAUCUAUCAAGUUAAUGCCUAUAAAAUCAUUUUAUUUAAAUGGUACUUUUCUUUGUAAAGUAAGCUACAACUUUUAAUACUGUAUUAAGGGCAAUGAUGAAAUUCUGCUCUAAAGAAUGUCAUGAAGAAUUUUGCUAUAGACUAUUUUGGGCACAGGAGAAUGUUUGAAGAAUUCAGAUUUGCAGGUAACAAACCAGUGAAUUUGUACAAGUUUGCUCUUUUUUCUGCAUAAAUGAUAAAUAGAUGAAUGAAGAACAGAAGUACAGUAUCCUGUUUCCCAUAGUAGAUAACUAUGGGAAUGCCAAAAAUAGGACAUGAAGGCAGUAUAGAAUCUGCUACCAGUAUUUGGGAUUCCCUUCCUGAAUAUACCCAAUCAGGCACAGAUUUAGUACCAUAACAUCUUCAGGAGAGAUACACACCAGAAAAAAAAAUAUUUAGCUUCUCUUCCCCAUUCAGAAUAUUUUAGCUCCUUUGUCAUUGAAUGGUGCAACCACCUCUGUUGCUUGUUUCCUGCUUCUGAUGUAUGUAAAUAAGUUUGGUUUAUUUUAAAGUUCUUAGAGGGAUGCUUCGGUUUUUUACAUCUCUUAUGGACUGGAUGUAUUCAAUCAAACUGGGGAAAUACACCACAGUAGCUUAUUCUCCUGGCCAUGCAUGCCAGUUAUAUGUUGGCAGAAUUUGUCCAAUUACCCUAGCUGCUGCAUCUUGCUGCAUUAUUCCAACCGAGGCAACAUGACUUUUUGGAGUGGGCAAAUUAGCCAUGGGAUGUUGUUGGGUCAUUGCCCAGUUCCGACAAGCCAUGCUACCUAUGUUUCCACAACAUGAUAAACACUAGGUGACCACAGAUGCCAUGCAGAAAAUGGCACCUGGCACAACACAGCAGCGGCCAGGGCUAAAUUAAGCUACCCUGGACUCUCAUGUCAUGUGAACUGGCCCUCUCUUCCUUUCAUCACUUGUGCCAAAGGUUGUGUUCUGUUUGUUGUUCUUGUUUGGGCAAGACCUUCAUUUUCUGAAGAUUAUGCCUGUGCAAUUCAACUCAGCAGACAGCAAGCCAACAAUAUUUGCAAAUGUAUCUGUUUGCCCUUGCCUGCAUUAAAUAUAGAUGGGUAUAUGUAUCUGUAUGUGCAUUGGAAUGCAUCAAAACUAUUUCUUGCUGAGACCCUGCUGAAAAGUCUGCCUGGUGUGUGAGAUUGAUAGCCUACUGAGAAAGCUAACAGCUUUAUUAUUAACUUCAUGCAAACUUAAAAGCUGGUAUCUUGUUUGCUAAGACUAUAUCUUGCUGCCUAGCACAGCAGCCCAAAUAAUAUUUCCAAAGCUAGUGACUGAUACCAAUAAUUUUAUUAGCUACUGGAGGUUUAUAGAAGGAAAGGUUCUGUGCUGUUCUCUCUCUGUGCUGCUACUACAUAAGCCAUCUGUUUUGGUCUAGAAUAUCUGUUCUUCCUUUUACAGAGAACACUAUUCAUACAUAAAAUUCUUUACAUAGUGCAAGCCUAUGCAUGUUGAUUUGGAAGUAAAUCCCGCUGUGUAAAUAGGCUUGUUCCCCAGUAAGUGUGUUUAUGGUGGCAUUCCUAAUAGGAGUCAUCCUUGUAACUUGGUGAAUGUGACCUGUUUUGUCCUCAUACUUCAUAUAAUGAGGCUGCUAACCGUAAGCCGUUUAUCUUUUUGCUUUUCCUUGACAGAAAAGUAGUCUGAAUCUAGACAAGAGACUAUCAUCUUAGAAAAAUCAUGCUACUUGUUCACAGAUCUUGCCUUCAGAAGUUGGUUUCUCUUAUCCAGGAUGGCACUGCACUAAAUCACCUUCACCCAACUUGAUGCCCUCCUGAUGCGUUGGACUACAGCUCUGGCCGUCCACAGCCAACAUGGCUGUUGCACACACUGGCUGGAGUUGUUGAGACUUGUAGUCCAACACAUCAGGGGGGUGCCACGUUGCAGAAAGAUGAUCUAGAGCAGUGCGGUCUUGGACAAGGGAAACCAACCUCCUGAAAAUAUUAUAUGUGAGUAUGUAUGGCUAGUUUUUCAUUUGUUUUUAUUCUUGUGUAACCCACAUCAGGAUUUAUUUCAAACGGGAAGCAGUAUAUUAAAAUUGCCAAGAAAUAUAGGGCACAUCACCAUCUACUUUCAGGAGGUGUUGGAACAGGUUGGUGCUAGGUAUGCACAGAUGUGCCUUCUGGGAUCACUUAUAGCUGCCCUUCUCAACCUGGUGCCCUCACAUAUAUUAUUCACAACUCCCAGUAUGGCCCAGCCCAACACUUCAGAGGGCAACAGCUUGGGGAAGGCUGCUCUACAGAGCCUGAUUUCUGCCAAGCCUGAGCAGAAGUUAGCACGAAAAAUGAAUCCAACAGAGCACUUGCUCAAAUCCAUCGAGAAAGCCCAUAACACAGCUCUGCUGAAAUUAACAUAUUCAGUGCAUCUUGUUGCAUGCAAAUGGAGGGUUUCCAGAAGUAGUUAUUUAGACUGGGUUCAAGCUGCUGUGUGCAGGGAUUUUCCACCCUUCACAACGGUCAAAGCAACAGACUGUUUUGGUAAAGUUCUUUAUUCAACAAAGCAUACCCAAUAAACUCAGUCACGCCAGAAUUUAUGUACAGAGCAGUUCAUUGAACCCAUUAUAAACUACUACUUCUGGAAAACCUACUUUUGAGUAUGUCUGGGCCCAAUCCCUUUGGAAGGCCCCGUUUGAAGCAAGUAUGCCCCUUCUGUCCUGGUCAUGCCCUACCAUGAACCCCUGCUUGGCUAGCUCUCCUCUUUGAAUGCCACAUCAUGGGGUCAGCAGUUGUAUCAGAUUCAUCUGACUCUGAAAGGUCCUCUCCGAUGCUCCUACCUGACAGCUGUACAUCUUGGUUAUUCACAGAGCUGCCUGAGGACUUGGGGUGGACGGCCUUGAGAGAGAGAAGCACCUCCUCUUCUCUCAUCUCAAACUCUACAGCCCCUUUCCCAGUCCCCCUCCACCUCCUUCUCUUCAUUCUGAUUCAGUGCAGAUAGGUGUGACCCAGGAGUGCACACCAAGAUCUGCCUCUCUCAUUCCCAACUCUGCUCUGUGUUCUCUACUCUACUUUCUUGUUGCCUUCAGCUGUGGUGGAAAAGGUCCCUUCUUCAGCACUGAGGACAGAUUUAACUGCUGAGUCCACUCAGCUGUUGCACAUGGAAUAGGUAAUUCCACGAAUAGGUACCUGGUAAUUUGCCUCAGGCUGGCCCAACCAACCAUCCCAGUAUGUCCCUUCCUCUCAGUUGUCACCCAUAGCAGGCAGGUGAACUCUCAGACCUUGUUUUUGAACAGUUCUUAUCAAAAGCAAAGCCAUAAACCAUGAAAUAAGCUUCCUAUGUUAAUUAUUUUUUUUUGCAACUGGUCACAUUGGGAAUGUUGUCCCACUUCAUUUCUUUCAACGGCUUUUACACUGUACUUAUAGUCUAAUUAAAAGCCUAUUCACUUACCAGCCAAAGUCCUACAAUGGGGAUGUGUGAAGAACCUGGAAUCUUGGUGCCUGCCCAAAUGCCCUACCCUUUCCCAUUAGAACAAAGAAAAGAAAAGUUCUUCCCGACAGCUUCAAUUGUUUCACAAUAAAGUGAAGACUUCAGCUGCUGCCAUCUUCAUUUCCCAUUAAUAGCUCUGGGCUACAGGAGAAGCCGAGACAUAUCCUUAGGAAAUAUAGGUGGCAAGCUGUUGCAAGCCAAUGCUUUCCUGUACAGCACAGGAAAGAAGGGAAGAGGGCAAAAAUGAAGCAACUCAAACGAGUUGUACAUGCUGAGGCGUUGGCUCCAUCUUUGCCUUGUAGUCAAUCUUUUGGUACUUGCCUUUGUCACUGGCCAUGCUCCCUGUGGUGGCCAUUUUAUGGUGGUGCCAAGGCUGUUUUCCCAAACUGCUGAGUGUGCCUAGGGCCCAAACAGGGUGGUCUAUUCCUGGUCUUUGCAAUGUAUGGCUGUGAAAGUUGGACUCUAAGGAAGGCUGAGCACCAAAGAAUUGAGGCCUUUGAAUUGUGGUGCUGGAGUAGACUCCUGCGAGU